AUGGAGGUGGCCAGCGGCGUUGCAGCUCCGGAACCCGGCGAGAUCCGGGCUCUAAAGCAGUGUCUGCUGCGCCGCAACAGAAGCCGGGAACAGCAUGGCGUAGCGGCCUCUUGCCUCGAGGAGCUGAGGAAUAAGGCUUGUGACAUUCUGGCCAUUGAUAAGUCCCUGGCACCAGUAACCCUAGUCCUGGCAGAAGAUGGCACCAUAGUGGAUGAUGAUGAUUACUUCCUGUGUCUUCCUGCCAACACUAAGUUUGUGGUGUUGGCUGGGAAUGAGAAGUGGACACACAAUUCAGAUGGAGGUACAGCUUGGAUUACCCAAGAGUCCUUCGACAGAGAUGAAACAGACAGCGGGGUGGGGUUGAAGUGGAAAAACGUGGCCAGGCAGCUGAAGGAAGAUCUAUCCAGCGUCAUCCUGCUGUCCGAGGAGGAGCUGCAGAUGCUCAUUGAUGUCCCAUGUUCGGAGCUGGCUCAGGAACUCGGCCAAAGUCAUGUGGCAGUCCAGGGGCUCCAGAACACCCUCCAGCAAGUUCUUGACCAGAGAGAGGAAGCCCGUCAGUCCAGGCAACUUCUGGAACUUUACCUCCGGGCUUUGGAGAAGGAAGGUGGCAUCUUGUCAAAGCAGCAAGAGUCCAGAGCUGACCUCGGAGACGAGAGGGAUGCUGUUGACACAGGCGUUAGAGAGAGCUCCUCCAAAGUUACUCCUGCAAGCCAGAUCCUCUUGGCGCUGAAGGAGAAACCUGCCCCAGAGCUGAGUUUGUCUAGUCAAGAUCUGGAGUUGGUUGCCAAGGAGGACCCUAGAGCACUGGCUGUUGCUUUGAACUGGGACAUAAAGAAGACAGAAGCCGUUCAACAGGCCUGUAAUCAGGAACUUAGCCUACGCCUCCAGCAGGUGCAGAGCUUACGUUCUCUGAGGAGCAUUUCAGCAAGGACGAGUUCACUGCCUGGAGACAUGGAGAACCCCAAACGAACCAGACGAGACCCCAUGUAG